GCACCGCGCGAUCCUCUUCCCAUUCAAUUUUCACUCGGUCGCAACGGUACACUACAAAUUACACUGAAUCUCUCUUUUCUCUUAGUUUCUGCGUCGAAACUCGAAGCCCUUAACCGAAUCCAAACCAAUACCUCAAUGGUUUCUCUCACGGGAAAAUCUAGAGUGGGUUCAACUCGAGCCUCUGUUGGUGGGACUCAAUCUCGCCCAACUGUGGGCGGUAGGAAUUUCAAAGUGUUUUCGGAAAUUGACCGGACUAAAGUUGGUGAUGUGAAUAUGACAUCUGCAAGAGGAGCAGGUGCAACUUCAAGAAGAAAUACUGUGGUAGCUAACAAAGGGGUCAUUCUUAAUAGCACCAGUAAUCUAAAGGGUGGUCUCAAAAAAAGUAUGAAUAAAAGUAGUGACAAAGGUGGCACUUCUGUAACAAAUGCAAAUGUGAGAAAGGCAUUGGUUGAUGUUAGCAAUGUUCAAAAAAACUUCACUACAGCUGUUGGGCAUGUGGGCUCCAUAAAGAAGGUUUCAGCAGGUUCAAGCACCAAAAUAGUGGGCGUAUCUUUGAGGAAAUCCUUCACGGGAAGAGUUCAAAGAAAUACAAGUAAAGUUGAUGUUCAGUUAGAUGCUCUCAAUAAAGGCAAUAGAGAUAAUCAUCAGAAGAAUAAUACAAAUGGAGGCCAAUCAGUUGUUGCCACAAAGGACAGGUUUACGAGGAAGCCUAUAUUUCCUACAACUACAAGGAAGUCUUUACCAGUACCAAGGAGGGUAAGCAGGGAAGAUACAAGUAACACAAAGGAAAAUGUAAGAAGUUCUCAAACAGCAAAAGGCCAAAGUGAUCUCCCCACUAAGGCAACAGCAAAAAGAAGAGAUAGUUCCCAACUAAUCAACGCAAGAAGCUAUCUAUGGAAGAAUCGAGUUAGUGACGGUUUUGUUCAAAUGGUUCAAUCUAAUGUUUUACAUGCAUCCUCAAGGAAGUCCACCAAGCCAAUUGUUAAGAUCACACUUAAGGCUUCCACUGCUCAAAGGACGUUAAAAUCUAAACCCAUAUCUGCUCAGAACAAAUUAGAAUCAACUGCUUCAACAUCAUCUCAGAACAAGGAAACAGUUCCUUUGUCUCUUACUGAGAAUGGUUCAACGAUAGUUUCUGAUGAUGCAAACCAAAGUAAUCAAAGUCAUCUUCCAUCUGGAGAAAGCAAUUUGAGAACAGAUACGUCAGACAUUAUUCCAAAGAACAAAUCCAGACGACGGAAAUCCUAUACUACUUCAUUAAUUGAAGGAUCUAAGUUUCUCAAGGAAAGUGGUCCCAAGGAAAGUGGUGAAGUUAGAGAGCUGAAUAACCUACCAAAUAUAGAUAAUGAACGCAAUCAACUUGAAGUUUCUGAAUACAUUGAUGAGAUAUACCAGUACUACUGGGUUACUGAGGCACAUAAUCCGGUUCUAGCAAAUUACAUGUCAAUUCAGACAGACAUUACACCUCAUUUGCGGGGCAUUUUGAUCAACUGGUUGAUUGAAGUACACUUCAAAUUUGAUUUGAUGCCAGAAACACUGUAUCUCACUGUUACUUUGUUGGAUCAAUAUCUUUCCCAAGUGACUAUCAAAAAGACUGUUAUGCAGUUAGUUGGUCUUACAGCACUUUUGCUGGCUUCAAAGUACGAGGAUUUUUGGCAUCCUAGGGUCAAAGAUUUAAUUAGCAUCUCAGCUGAGUCAUAUACUAGAGAUCAAAUGCUUGGAAUGGAAAAGCUUAUGCUUAGAAAAUUAAAGUUCCGUCUUAAUACUCCUACUCCUUAUGUUUUUAUGGUGAGGUUUCUCAAGGCUGCACAAUCAGAUAAAAAGCUUGAACACAUGGCAUUCUUUUUGAUUGACCUAUGCUUAGUUGAGUAUGAAGCUUUAGCAUUCAAGCCUUCAUUACUUUGUGCAUCAGCUCUCUAUGUUGCACGUUGUACAUUGCAAAUGACUCCACCAUGGACCCCACUACUUCAUAAGCAUGCGCGUUAUGAAGUUUCACAACUCAGGGAUUGUGCGGAUAUGAUAUUGAAGUUCCACAAAGCUUCUGGGAAUGGAAAGUUGAAGGUUGCAUACGAAAAGUACUCUAGACAGGAACUCAGUAGGGUUGCGGCAGUGAAACCAUUGGAUAAACUUCCCCUGUGAUUAAAACUGUGCUCUAGUUGGAUAAACCUUUCAUACAAUAUGAUAUUCGUUGAACUCUUGGAAUGCUGUAACCACACUUAUGUGACAUAAAAGUGCAUUACGAUAGGAAUUAGUAAAAAAAAAAUCUCGAGAUUUUAGUCGAGGUUUUCUUUCCAGGGUUGGAUCUGUACAACCAUGGUUGCUGUAAUGGUUUAUUUUAUUACAAACAUGCUUUUGGUGACUAAGUAGGUGUUUGGAUUGCUAUAAUUUUUUGGUUUUAAAGAGAUUUAACUCCUUUUGAA